ACUGAGUGAAUACGUGGAUCGACAGUUUUAAAAGCACUAGGCGUGUACAUGGGAUGGAGAUUGUAUGUUUAUUUUACUAACUAACGCGUAUCCUGAUUGUUAGCCUGAACACACGGAUGUGCGGAGUUGAGUCUGGAGCUGCGGUCACGCGCAUUAAAGACCCUGAAAUAACACGGUAACUCGGUGUAGAGCGAUGCGCGAGACGGAGGGAGUGGACACGGGGCACGGGUCAUCUACCGGAAGCGAAGUGUGUGAGGACACAGGAAGUGUGUGUGUGGGGCAAAGUGAUGAAGACGCAGUAAUGGAAGACAAAACGUUCAUCCCCAAGUCCUGUCCUCCGUGUGUGUAUGAAGAGGGAUGGGUCCUUCACCAUCAGUCUAGUUUUAACGACAGUGAGUCAGAGGAUGUUCUUCACACGGUGAACCCAAACGAGGUCUUCAAAGACAGCGACAGUGCUGCUUCUGACAUUCCUGACCCCACCCACCCCCUGACACCGGUCACACCCACUGUCUAUCAGGUUGUGUAUGACAUCAGUGGAGUGGGCGGAGACCAACAGAAGCAGCAGAAAGUAGACAUUAUUUCCAUCGAGCUUGAUGAAUGGACUUCUCCGCUGCUGGUGUCUGACUCAUGUGUGGUGAACGAGCUGCCGCUGGUUUCUACCAUUAAAGUGGAACAUGCCCAUCCUGAGCUCAACCACGCCCACUCUGAUCUUGAUCACACCCUGUUUGAUCUUAGCCACGCCCCCCACUCCAUUAAUGAUGGCCUGCUGUAUCCGGAGCUGACUCUCACUGAGGAGGAACAGAAGCUUCUCGAUCAGGAGGGCGUGUCCCUGCCCAACAACCUGCCACUCACCAAGGCAGAGGAGAGAAUACUGAAAAAAGUGCGCCGUAAAAUCCGUAAUAAACAGUCGGCUCAGGACAGCAGACGCCGCAAGAAAGAGUACAUCGAUGGUCUGGAGAGCAGGGUUGCAGCAUGUUCAGCACAGAAUAAGGACCUCCAGAGAACAGUGGAGCAGCUGGAGAAACACAACAUGGUUCAAUAUGACGUCGGUCCACCCUUUGCAGCUAUAACAGCUUCAACUCUUCUGGGAAGGCUGUCCACAAGGUCUCUGUUAGCACAGCUGAGGAACUUACAGUCUCUGGUGAAACAGACAGCGAGUAAAGCGGCUCAGACCAGCACCUGCAUCAUGAUUUUGCUCUUCUCUUUAACGCUGAUUAUUUUCCCAAGUUUUCGUCCCUUUAGUCUGCGUGUGAAAGCCUCUGAGGAGACGUAUACGCCCACUGGAGUAAUUUCCAGAAACAUCCUGAACGAUGAGGCGUCGCCGCUCGUCCAGUCUGAGAGCGCAGUGGACGAUAAAAACCUCCUAGUGGAGCUUCAGCAGGUCGCAGCGGACACGCGCAGAGUGGAGCGCGAGGGAGCAGACACCUUGGAGAGAGAAGACAGGAAACAGGAAGUGCUGCUUCAGGACGAUGCACUCAGAGGAAACCGCUCUGCGACGGUGGGAAACGGGGCGGAGUCUUAUCCUGUGGGAGGUGCCGCGGUGGACGUGGACACGGCUAAACCCGCUCAUGCUGAUGAAAUGUAGCGACUCUAAGCACUAACUUUAUUAGAUUUCAGACGUCAGGGUCCACCAAUAAACUAUACUCAGUGCUGGAAUAGUGCACUAGCCCUGGCUCUGCUGCGUCCCACAUCACACACGCGGCAGGUCAGCCAUGCACUUUCAGAGCACUAGCAUGGCGGUUUAGGAUGUAGCAGCUGUCAUGACUCCAUUCUGAUUGUGGGCGUGGCUAUUUUUUACUACACUAUAUCAGUGCUGUAGUGCACAUCACGGCAACUGGACACGGAGAGACGGACUCGCAGAAGUCGGCUUUGUCCCAAAUCACCAGUCUGGUAUUGAGAUGAAUUUCCACUCAUCUGUUUCACCUCUUUAUUUGUAGAAUAAACAUCAUCCUGAUGUCAAA